CUCUGGAGCUUCACGGCAGCUGCGCUUUGCUUUUCCCUUCUGAAUUUGGUCUGUGCUUUGGUGGACACCGAUGAUGUUCUAACCAAAGAAGAACAGAUUUACUUGCUGAAUGAAGCUAAAGAAAAAUGUCACCAGCAGAUAAAUACCCAGAAGGAAACAGUCCAAGAUGGCAACUGUUUGCCUGAGUGGGACGGGAUUAUUUGCUGGCCCGAAAGCCUCCCCAGCAAAAAGGUGGCCGUCCUAUGCCCUGACUACGUCUAUGACUUCAACCAUCAUGGUCACGCCUACAGGCGCUGUGAUGUUCACGGAAACUGGGAAUUGGUGCCCAAUAUGAACAAGACUUGGGCCAAUUACACAGAAUGCGCCAUCUUCUUUGCCCCGGAACGGCAGAAUCAAGAAAAGGAAGUGUUUGACCGGCUGCACAUCAUCUACACCGCUGGCUACUCCAUCUCCCUCGCCUCCCUCGUGGUCGCCAUGUGCAUCCUUUGCUACUUCAAGCGGCUUCAUUGCACUCGAAAUUACAUCCACCUCCAUCUCUUUGCCUCCUUUGUCUGCCGAGCUGUGAGCAUCUUCGUGAAGGAUCUAGUGCUGUACUCGACCUCGCGACUCGAGGGACUGCAAAAAACACAGGGCAGUGACUGGGACGCUGAAGAUCUGAGCCUCGCCUUGGGAUCCAGGACCCAGCUAGCAGGCUGCAAGGUAGCUGUGACCAUCUUCCUCUAUUUCUUGGCUACAAACCACUACUGGAUCUUGGUGGAAGGUCUCUAUCUCCACAGCUUGAUCUUCAUGGCUUUCCUCUCAAACAAAAGCUACUUGUGGGCUCUUACGCUCAUCGGGUGGGGGGUACCUGCUGUCGUCGUGUCUGUUUGGGCCAGCGUCAGAGCAUCCCUGGCUGAUACACAGUGCUGGGACCUCAGCGCUGGAAACAUGAAAUGGAUCUACCAAGUUCCUAUCUUAGCAGCAGUUGUGGUGAACUUUUUCCUCUUCCUCAACAUUGUGAGGGUCCUUGCAUCGAAGCUGUGGGAGACAAAUGCAGGGAAAUUAGAUCCCCGCCAACAGUACAGGAAGUUACUAAAAUCCACCCUUGUUCUGAUGCCCCUCUUUGGUGUUCAUUACGUGGUGUUCAUGGCUAUUCCUUACACACCUGUGUCCAGUGUCCUCUGGCAAAUACAGAUGCACUACGAGAUGCUCUUCAAUUCUUUGCAGGGUUUCUUUGUGGCUUUCAUUUACUGUUUCUGCAAUGGCGAGGUGCAAGCAGAAAUUAAAAAAGACCGUUUCCGGAGAAACCUGGUACUGGACAUAAAGCAGAAGACCCGAGCGGCAAGCGCAGGAGGGAGCUACUCCUACGGUGGGCUUGUGUCCCAUGCCACCAACAGCGUCAGCUUCAGUAUGGCCAGCUGGGGGGUGACCUCUGCAGCAGCAGUUGCCACGCCUCUUGGUGCCCCAAACUGGCUGCUUCACCUUGCCCCCACUGCCAGUGCCCCAGAGUACACCCCGGCUUCCUCCACUUUGGAUAAUUCCCCAAGUCAGGAGAUGAUGCAGAAGGUCCUUGAGGAGAACAUCGGUGCUACAGCCUCGCAGGGGAAGCACUCCAGCUUGAAAAAAGAGCUGGAGACCAUGCUAUGAAAGGGAACGGUGAAAAUGUAGUUAGCAGCGGGACUAGGAUGAGAGCAACUAGGCAAGUGAAUUGUUCAAGUUUCAAUCUUGAUCCAGGUACCACUGUAGCGAUUAGGAAGUCUUCAUUCUAAUUCCAAGUAAUUUGCCAUUUCAGAUUAGUUUAAGCUUGGUUCUGGUGCUGAAGGGUACUGAGGGAGGUAGUGGUUAGGUAGAUUGCAUUGUUCUGGUUAGUUCGAUCUGCAAAGCACAUGGCAUGCCUUUUCAAAAAUUCCAAUCCUCCAGAAUAUAUCCAUCUCCCCACCUCACUUGCAGCCUCCUCAGCAGCAAUAAGCAAGCAAGGGAACCAUUCCUGUUCGCAUUUUCUGCUGUGUUGUGUUUCAUUUGUGUUAAAAUAAGGCUUUUGUUAAGUUGAUUGCAACCCCAAUUUCAGUAAGUAGGCACUGAGUGUUAAGGGCAAAGGUGGUGUUGUUUUUAAGGCUUUUUUUGAUGUAGUGCUAACAUGAGAAAUAAAAUAUUAAAGUUGGUGUUUCCU